AAGACUAUAAGAAACUUCUGCUAAAAAUUACAUCAAGAUCCAAGGAAAGGUCUACCUUUUUUAGUGGAAUUUUCAGUACAAUUUUGAAAUAUGUGUUGUGGAGGGUGUGCCAAGUGUCUUGGAGUUACUCUCAUUCCUUUAACUAUACUAUGCGUUCUUGCCAAUAUUCUGUUAUUUUUUCCUGGAGGAACAAUUGAAAUUAGUGACCAUAUUUCAGAUGAAGUUUGGUACCUUGGAGGAAUUUUGGGUUCUGGCGUACUGAUGGUGUUUCCUGUUUUGGUCUUUUUGGGUCUUAAGAAUAAUGAUUGUUGUGGAUGCUGUGGAAAUGAAAGCUGUGGGAAAAGAUUUGCGAUGUUUAGUUCUAUAAUAUUUGCAGUAGUUGGAAUUGUGGGAGCUGGAUACAGUUUUGUUGUGUCAGUUGUGGCUUUGAACAGAGGCCCGAAGUGUAACACUGAUAGCCACAAUAGUAGCCAGUGGGAAUAUCCGUUUAAUAAUGGGGAUUACCUUGCAAAUCAUAAUUUAUGGACAGCAUGCCAGUCCCCAGAAUCCAUUGUGCCCUGGAAUCUGACACUCUUCUCUCUGCUUCUGAUAAUGAGUGGAAUUCAACUGGUCUUGUGUGCCAUUCAGACAAUCAAUGGUCUCUUUGGAGCUAUCUGCGGAGACUGCAAAUGUUGUGGGUGCUGUGGGGGAAAUGGAACAGUUUAAAGAAGAUGCUUGCAGUAUAUCAGCUAUGAUAACACAGAAUAUCCCUUUCUGGACUUUCCUCUUGAUAUGAAGGGCAACAUGUUUUUACAUGAAACAGGCCCAGAAUGAGGAGUCUUUUCUCAUGAUGUAGCAGAGCCACUUUUUCCUUCCUGCACUUAUUUUUCCGCACAUAUUUAGCACCAGUUGGGCUACAGCAUAUUCAUUUUUAUAAUAAAUUCUUUUCUAAGACAAAGUCUUUGAGACAACACCAGUUGCCAUUUUUGGCUCCUUUCCUUCAAGAGGCAAAAUAAUACAUCACUUGUCUAUGGUCUGUGAAGAUGGUCUAUGUAGGAAAUAAGUCAUAUAAAUGGAAUAAUAAUAAUUUGUAAUUACGGCUUACAUCUGUAAUGACUAUACCUUUAAUAUUGUCAUAAUAAUAAAUUUAAAUUUAAAUAAUAAAUAACAUAAUAAAUAACAUCUCCCUAGUCCAGAUAUUUGGAAAGGACUCGAUAAGUGGAUAAAACUGCCAAAUCCAGUCUAAACAUUUGGGUGACUGUGCAACCAACUAUAGUAAUAAUAAUAAUUUAUAGGAGUGUGAGAUAGAAGUUCACAUUGGAAUGUUUAUAGACUCAGGACAGGUUUUUCUUUAUCCUCCAUUAUUCCUUGUUGUUUCUUAAUUACUAUUUUUAAGAGUUGCAUGUUAGUCUGUGUUCCUUCAAGUCAAAUGUUAAGCUCCUUCAUAGCUGUUUUUGUAUGUUACUGUAUUAGUAUAUAGAAAUAUUUCAUUUUCUAAAUAAACAUUAUUUUGAAACAAAUGAUAUAAAAAUAAUAAACCAUAAUUUAAUUAAAAUUUUGUGGUAGUAUAAAGUGGACUGCAUCUGCCGAGAACAAAUCAGAAAAUUGAGUGACUGGUUUACUAGCCAUGUAGCUUGAAAUAGAAGAUUCAGUGGUUGGAAAUUCAUUCUACUGGGCUUUUAGCUUACCAAAUGUUUGUCAUGUUAGUUUCCAGAAAAGAGUCACUCCUUUUCUGCCAACGACUCUGUUAAUUUGUUUUCUCAGGGCUGCUAUGAUCACCCCAUUGAUAGGUAACAUAGACCUUAUUGCAGUUGGCUAAUUAGAGUUGCCAUGUAGAAAUCAAAAGGUGUAGCUUUGCUUCUUGUUUCUCUCACUUUUUUCCCCAGAUUUUUUUUUCUUCAUGCUUUCUGUCUCAUGUGGAACAUGCCACAGGGUAGAGGCUAUAGCAUUAAAAUGGUGACAACUUUCAAGUAUCUUCUUCCUGUCCUUCCCUUCAGUAAUGAUAGUUUUCUUUCAAGAUGUUAAUGUUACACUAAGUUCUAUAUCACUACACACCAUAAAUAUGACCUUUAUUGGUUUACCAGAUUGAAAAAGAACAGUGACUGUUAUUCCAGAGUUUGUAGACUUCCUGCCUACACUUGGCAUAGAUCAAUAGUUACGUUGGUUUGCCCCAUUUGGAAGUAAAGCCAUGGCUUAUAUUCUACUAACUAGCCUCAAAGAAGCAUUCGUGUUUUGGACAGCCUCACAUUAAGAGAAUUUGGGAAAGGUGUCCUCAUCAGUCAGAAGAGAAGCCAUGGACACUGAACCAAAUCUACCACUCUUCUCUUAAAGGCAUAGAUGAAUUGUCUUGCUUUUGGCUCAUAAGAAAACCUUAUUUAUGAUUGGCUCUGUUCUCAAAUAAGAAACUUUCAUCUGCUUAAUUUCUUUGUCUUGAGGUGACUUUCAAGAUACAGGAGCAAGGGCAGAUAUGCUGGCAAUCUCCAACAAGCAUUUUGAAUUAACACUGAUACAUCUUCAGUGUGUUAUCUGAUGGAAUUAUCAUUAUCUAAGCUUGUGUUUUUUUAUCCAAAGAUUUCUUUUUUUUUUUACACACAUAUGAGCUUUAUUGAAGCUUUUUAAAAGAAGAUAAAAACUAAUUGAAGAAAAAUAGAAAAGAAAGAAGAAAAUACAAAGAACUGUUUUCCUAUUUUCUUCACAGCAGUUACAUUAUAAGCCCUCUUUCUAAAGCUAUAUCAUAAUAGCCUUCUUUCUAUAAUCUGUCCUAUUUAAUCAUCAUUUUUUAUCAAAAGAUUUCUGUGUAAAUUAAGAAUAUUGUGCUAAAAAAAUUCUGCAAAUUAUUAAAGCGGUGUUGUUUUGUGUAAAUUUGUAAUGUGAUAAUUAAUUAUACUUUGUGAUUUAGGUUUACCAAAAACAAACCCCACUGCUUGAGUUUGAAAACUUUUCAAAGGCCAUUGCAUUUUAGUCUCAAUGUAGUUUAUUUAAAAUAUGUUCCAUUAAUUUCAGGGGACCAUACUUCCAAUUGCAUUUCAAGUAAAAUUAUGACUUUAAUCUCCCUAUCCAUCAUAAGUACGUAUUCCUUGCUUGCCAUCAUGCAUUCGAGAACGAUUGUUUUGGGAGGGAGGGGAAAUAUACUGCUUGUCUGUACAUAGAAAGUAUGUACAUAAUUAAAGAUACAUGUAAUGAAAGAAAAUUCAUUUUAGCAUGUUGUGAAUAGUGUUCUGACUUGGCCCUGUAUCUGUUACUAAAACCUGUACACCUCAAUAAGACCAAUAUUUUGAAACAAAUAAAAUCUCCAGUUUUGCA